AUGGAUCUAUCCCAUCUCACACGGCCUGGCAUCCUAUGCCAGUGUGCUCGUUGCUCCAGCUCACUGGCUGCACUGGAGAAUGAAUGGGCCAAACUAUCUAAUGCCUACUCAAUCCCGACAGCAUGGCUCAGUGUCGACCUCCAUCGCAUUGCCGUUUCUUCGGAGCGGAAGCAAAUCCCUCAGACAUCGGAUAUGACCCUUCUGCGUGGCCGUGUCAUUCAGGAAGUGUCAUGUAAACUCUGUCAACAACGGAUGGGGGUACUUUGUCCGCUUGACAACGGGAUGAAUAUUCUGUGGAAAAUGUCAAAAGUUGCUUUUAGGGAGAUUGUUACCAUGCGAACCGUUCAGCCCGUAUUUAAACAGGGGGCCCUCGAACGACUGAUCUGUCCCCCGAAAGAACCUCCGCGCCGAAACCCCGAUCUCGUGCAGGGUAGUGCACUGGUGCCAGCUGGCUGCACCGACCCCACUACCCUCGAUCCAAAUAUGCAAAAGCAAAUGUUGCACCAGGGUAGAACCAUUGAUCAGAUUUCGAACUCCGUGAACCACCUCCAAGACACAAUGUCGGAUCUCAAACAUUCAUUUACAGCACUUCGAAUCGAACUGAAUGGACCUGGCCGAAAUCUUGGGGAAGGCCCCGUACUUCAGGGACAUGAUUUUGACAUGAUUGCUAUGGUACUGAAGGAGCUCAAGUCCAAAUCGGACGAGAUCGAGAAACUGAAGUUGGAGAUUGAGGCUCUGAAACUGAAGAAUCGCUACAUGGGAGUGACCGUGCCACAGCAGCAAGAGUCGCUUUCGCUCAUGAACAUGAACGCUGCGCUCCCUGAAGUUCGGAGCCCUGGCUUGCUCCAAGCGGGCCGGAAACGUAACUGGCCUGACGCAUUCCCGGGCGAUCGGAGUCAGGCAAUGGCGGACUCUUUCGACGAAGAUGAUAUGGUGGACGAAAUGUCGCUGUCAGAUCCGUCGAUGAGCACCUCUCGCGUCCCUCUCAAUGACCAACGCCAACCUGCAAUUGCCAAUGGGCCACCUGCAGAAGAGGAAAUGACGCCCAUAGAGGUUGAGAUGUCUGCUCGAGAGCCUCAAAAUCUCUCUAGCUCCCUUCAAACACAAUCUUACGGCUUGCAGCAAACCAUAGCCAAACGCCCGCGCCUAGGUGUGCCGUCUGAAGAUUACUCACAACCACAGCCGCAAGUUGUUCCUCAGAGAAGACCGCCCGGCAGACCGAGGAAAUCGAUCAACCAACCCACCAUUCCCGAUCCCACCGAAUCACCCGGCACCGCUCCUUCUAGCGCGCAGGGGGAUGUCGAAUCAACCGGGCAGCAGAACACAGUGCGACGCCGCACGUCACGCCGCAGCUUGCGUGCACUAUCCCUUGGUCCAAAUCUCAGCCACCCACAUAGCCAAGAGGACCAGCAGAUUUCGCAAGAAUCGACGGGGCCUCCUCCUGACAUUCAUCCAGCACCCAACAAAAAGAGCAAGCGUAAUACUGGCUCUCCCAAUGGAAAACGAACUCCUGGUCCAGAUGAUGAUGGAGACGAGGCCGCUAUGAAUGAGAAGCGGAAGGCUAAGGUCGCGGCGCGGGACGUCAUGGCCAAGAUGGCUUUAGAGCACGAGGAGGCUUUGGAGGCCGAGAAUGCACGAUAG